AUGACUUUUAAGGAGCUGUACAAGGUUGAAAGGAUUCUUGACAAAAGGAAAGACAAGAAAGGCAAGGCGAAAUACCUGGUAUGGUGGAAAGGCUAUGACAGCAAGGACAACAUGUGGGAGCCAGAACAACAUGUUGUCAACUAUGAGGAGCAUAUCCACAAUUUCAACAGGCGCCAAAUGGAGAAGCAAAAGGAGAACAUCUUAACUAGGACAAACAGGACCUCUACAAACAAUGCUCAGAAGCAGAUUUCCAGAUGUUGA